UAAUCUUUGAAAACCUUUUUUUUUUUUUUUUUUUAUAACAGAAGUAUCAGAAGAAAUCUUUCGAGGACUUCUUCAGAGAGAGCCAGAGCUAAUUAAACAAAAAAAUAAGAAUGGAGCUUCGGCAUUUCAUUUCUGGGCAUAUUAUGGUAAAAUUUGGCCAUUCAAAAUUCUCUUAGAUUGUAAGGAUAUCAUCCAAGAUGUGAAUAAGAUUUUCACAUACUUUGUAUCUUCAACAAAUAGUUAUGGUGGCAAUCCAUUACACGACUAGGCUAGAUAUGCCCCGUGUACAGAAGAUGCUACAAAAAUUGCAGAAUUGCUGAUAGAUAUUUACAAAAAAGAAUCACCAAGCCUUUCAAAUAAUCAACAUCCUUGGUUAAUGGAUGAAAAUGGAGAUACACCUUUGUCAUUGGCCAUAGCCCAUAAGAAUGAAAAGUUAGCAAUAUAUUUGUUGUCUGUGGAUGAAAAUGUAGUUAUCGAAAGUAAGAAGAAUGUUCUAUUCUUGGCUGUCGAGGCUCAAUGUCAUACAGUUGCCGAAGAGAUAUUGAAGAUAAUCGAUAACAAAGGUCGAACUCAACUUCUUACGAAUCAUCAAAAGCUCAAUAUCUUGCAUCUUGCUCCAUUAUGCACAGAAAACUUUAUUGCAAAACUAAUGGACAAACAUCCAGAAUUAAUCAAAGGAGUAGAUAAAGAAGGAUCUACAAUAGUUCAUAGUUGGAUAAAAAGUGACAAAGAAUGGCUAUUUAAGUUCAUAUUAGAGAGCAAGUGGAAAGAUCAGUUUGUAAAACUUAUUAAUGUUAAGGAUUACAAUUAUCAAAACAAUCCUUUUCAUGUUGCUGCAACUACCACUCAUGAAGCAACAAACCAGAUUGUACCACUCCUUGUUGAAGCUUACAAAAAACACAACCUUAUUUGGAGAGUAUAUCCUAUCUAUCAAUUGCCAUGGUUUGAAAUGAAUAAAGAUUACGAAGGGCCUCUACACUUGGCAUUACGCAACAAACGUGAAGAUCUUGGACUAUACAUAUUGUCACUACUCCUGGAUGAUCAAAUUAUGGAUGAACUGCUAGAUAAUUACAAGCCAGAGCACGCUAUGUUGUUUCUUGCCAUACAAAACAAUUGCUCUGAAGUAGCCAAAGACAUAUUGGGAAAUUUGGAUAAGAGAAGCAGGACCAAAUAUCUAAAAGAUUCCUCAACUGGUUGGAAUAUAUUGCAUCUUGCUACAAGGUUAACAGAUGAAGGAUUUGGGACAUCGCUAGUUAAUGAAGCACCAGAGUUCAUCACCGAACAGGAUAACAAUAAACAAUCACCUUGGGAUACAGCAUAUGAAACUGGUUGUGCAUGGUUUAUAAAAGCUGUACUGAAAAAGGACCCGUCUGUAUUCAAUAGAGCACCCUUGGCUUGGAUUAAAGCAUGUGAGCACGGUCAUGUCCCAGCUCUUCUUGCCUUCAUCGAACAUAAUCCGAGAGCGUUUCGAUAUCUUUGUAUUGAAAAAAAGGAUUCUCCUUUACAUCAUAUAAAACUUACAAGUUUAAUAGACUAUGAAGAUUUUCUCAAGAAUCCAUACAACAUGGAGGAUCUAAUUAAUCUUCAAGAUUCUCAAGGUGUAACACCUUUACACAAAGCAAUACAAGAUGACAACUUAUUCUUGACUGAAACUUUACUCAGCAUUGAUAAGAUCAACUAUGACAUCAAGGAUGAUGGAAAUAAUUCUGCCAUAGAUCUAUUGGCUCAGAAAUGCGCUGGCAACCAGGCAUGGGAAGAAAUGUGCCAAAGAAUCGUGUUUAAUCCAUGGAUAAAAACAUCAUACUUCCAGCGUAAGACCAAUUUGUUAGAAGUGCGAAAUUCACUAUUUGUGGUGGCGGCUCUAUUAGCCACUAUUACAUUUACUGCUGGUUUUACUCUUCCGGGCGGAUUAAAUCAAGAAAGCGGGGAAGCACUUUUAGCCAAGAAGGUCGCAUUUUUGGUAUUUUUGAUGUCUAAUGCAUUGGCUAUGUGUACUUCCAUGUUGGUUUUGAUUUGCCUUGUAUGGUCUAUGGUCCAAGAUUCGAGUAAUUCGUUCAUUUCAUUGUUAUUGAUUAAUCGUAGCAUGGUGUUACUCAUGGUAGUGUUUUACUCCACUAUAUUAGCAUUUAUGACUGGGGUCUAUGUGGUUAUAUACCCAAAGGUUCUUUGGGCAGCCAUCAUAAUCAUCAUAAUGUGCUCUCUUAUUGGAGUUUCGGCGAACAGAACCCUCUUGUACAAAGUGUUAUUGAUCUCUUCAGCAAAGAAGAAGCAAAAUUAGAGAGAUCCAAUGUAUCUGCUUGAAUUGGGUAAAGCUUUUCCGUGUUGCGUAGGCAGUAGCAGGGCCAGAAAGUUGAGUGAAUUGAAGCAACAAAUAAAUUCAAUAAAAUUCUUGUAGUUAUUGGCUUAAAAUAUUCUUGUGGUGUUUAGCACUUAUCAUGAGUACUUAUUACAUGAUGCAUUGUCAAAGUUACUCAUUGCUAUUUAAAGUGGUGCAGUUUUUGAAAGCAAAGAAUUUUAUUUUAUUUUUAACAGGACAAAGAAGUAUGAGUAUUAUUUGAGACAUUCUUAGUGAAAUGAAAACCAAAAUAAUGUCUUCUAAUUAAGUGAAUUGAGUGACAUUUUUUUUUUUAAAGAAUUUUUAUGAGAUUUGGGCACCUAAGAAUGUUGUGGGAGGUUAUUUAAGAACUAUGUAGUACAAUAGUCAUAAUACAGACACAAGUUGUUGAACCACACACUUGUAUUACUUGAGCAGUUUAGCUUAUGCACAGUAAAGCAAGGGGAAAAUCAGCUCAGUAAUUAAUUGAAAAACUAUAAAGCUUUGAAAGGGGAAAAAAAACAAAAAUAGGACUUUUGGAGUAGAAAAUAGUUCCAUUUGUUCUUUAACUAGUCCAACAACUAACCCUAAUUUUGUUGUGAUAUCCAUAUGUUAAUACCUAGCUUGAUUAUAAAAGUUAAGGACAACUUGAUUGUAGCAAGCUGUGAAAUUUAGUUUAUUGUAGGCAAUUAGGUGUUCAGCUUGACAAUGUUGCAGGAGAAGGGAAAGUUAAGGACAACAAAGUAGAAAAACGAAACUUUUCCUCAAAGAAAAAAAAAAUUAAAAAAAAUGGUAGAAAAACAAACUUAAGAAAUGGGUGAGGCCUGAUAGGAAGCUGAGUGAAAUAAAAAAAAA